AUGACUGUUCUCUCGGUUGCUAAAUCCAUCGCGUCCGUCUCUGAGCAUCUGAGCCAGCCUCAGCUGCAUCCCAUCCGCAAGCUGUUGGCUUUCCGCAAGACGUAUCGUCGCCAUGACCAACUCAUCUCCAUCCAUGAGUCGGCCACCCUGGCCGAAGCCCUCGGCAUUAUGGCCAGAGCCAAUAUCUCGGCGGUGCCGGUCUAUCGCACACCCGAGGACGACAUCCAUGGCCGCGAGUACAUGGGCAUCGUCUCGGUCUCGGAUGUCCUGGCCUGGACCGUCUUCCAAAAGUUUGUUGGCGACCUCGAGUAUCUUGAUACCGUCGAUCCCCAGACCUUCCAGGAGCUGCAGGAGGAAAAGGCACACUACUUCCAGACGGCCGUGGGGGACCUGCUCGGCAUGACGCUCGAGUCGGCCGAGUCGUGGACGCUGCACUCGUCCGACCCCAUACUCUCGCUCAUCUACAUGUUCGCCUCGGGUCGCUACCACCGCUGCCUGGUCAUCGACGAAGAUGCCAAGAUCUCGGCAGCAACAUAUGGGGACGGAACCGCCCGCGUGCCGCUCGGCGCUGCCGUCACCAUGGUCACCCAGACAGAUGUUGUGCGCUACAUCUCCGAGAAUCGUGUCGAGAUCGACGGCGAGGCCAUCGACAAGAUCCUUUCGUCCGUCGUCGCCAAGGACAUUGAGCAGCUGCAAAGACGCAUGACCCCUGACGAGAGCGAUCCCAACCAGGUCUUGGACAAACAGAACCGCGUCCCGAGGAAGGUCAUCUAUGCCUCGAGCGACAUGUCUGCGCUUUCUGCGUUCAAGACCAUGUUUAUGCACCGACUGCGUGCUUUACCUGUCGUCAACCCCGCCCACCAGAUCGUCGCCAACAUCUCGACUUCGGACCUGCGCGGCAUCACCCCAGAUACCCUCCACCGCCUGACCCUGCCCAUCCUCGAGUUCAUCGACACCAUCCCUGCACGCUCAAGCGGCGAUGCCGCCACCCACCCCGGCUCCGGCUCUGGCUCCGGCUCCGGUUUGGAUGCCAGGGCCGUGAGCGUCGCCAAGAACAUGUCCAUGGAAGACAUGAUCCAGAUGCUGCUGGGCAAGAACGUCCAUCGCCUCUGGGUCACCCGCGACCAAAGCGAUCAGCUCGCCGGGGUGGUGAGCAUGACCGACAUCCUCUGCACGCUGAUUCCUGUCGACCAGGCAGCGCACAAGUGA